UAUUUAAAUUUUUGUUUCUGGCCAUCUUUAGCAAUCCUUAUGAAAUUUUGACAUGUCUACUUCAGUGUUUCGAAAGUAUCUCGAAGAUUUUGAAGUUCCUUUAGAGAGACUUCAUUCGUUUUAUUUGUAUUUCGCAGGUGAACUAAAGCGAAGUCUUAGUAAAAAUUUAUUUCACUUGUCGGACUUGAUGUGCAUUCCGACAGCAAUCACAUCCCUACCACAGGGUUAUGAACGAGGAAGAUCUUUGACAAUUGUUAUAAAUGAGACACAGGUUAGGGUGUCACUUGUUGUAUUAAUGUCCUAUGGCGAUCAUAAGGAAGUCACUGAAGUUUAUGAAUUACCUGAUAAAUAUACGCGUUGCUCGUUACAGAAACUGCUCACAUACGUUGCAUUUUGCCUCGAAAGUUUUCUUUAUGAUAUAACAAGUCUACCACAAACAGAAAUACCGCUUGGAGUCAUAUUUCCAUUACCAUGUUAUUACAGAUCAUUGAGUGGGGUUCAGGUUAUAAAGAACUUUGGAAAAUUUAAUCUUAGAUUCAAGCCUUACGUUGACGUUGGGUUAUUGCUUGAGAAAACUAUCGACAAACUGCAAACAAUUAAAAUUGGUAAGAUUUCUAUGAUGAAUGACGCUACAAAUGCGGCAUUCCUCGGUGCUUAUAAUGCAAAAAAUGUGAGAAUCGGACUUCACAAUGGAGAUUAUUGCAAUGCUUGCUAUUUUGAAGCACUAAAAUGCGUAGAGCGCGCUGACACUGAAUACAAAAGGAAAAGUAAUAUGUUAAUAAAUAUAGAAUGGGGUGCACUCGGUGAAAAAGGAUACUUAGAAUAUUUCUUUAACAAACAUGAUAUAUAUAUAGAUGAAAUGAGCUCUAAUAGAGGCAAGCAAUUAUUUAACAAGCUGGUUUCAGGAAAAUACAUAAUUGAGAUGUGGCGUGUAGUACUGACAGAUACAAUGAUCAAGGGUCUCAUAUUUAAAAAAAAUUAUGAUAAAGUCAAAAUAAUUGAUGCUAUAUCAUAUAAAAACGCAUUGACUUUACAAUUGAUGGGCUAUCUUGAGAGGUGCGGCAUGAGUAAUAUUAAACAUCUUUUAGAUAAGUUCGAAGCACGACAAAUAUCCUAUGAUGAUUUAUGUGCGUUGAAAGGUAUCUGCUCAGUCAUUAUUAAACGAGCUGCUUAUAUAGUUGCAGUUCCAUUAAGUGUUCUAGUAAACAAGAUCGCCGAAGCAAACAUUACCAUAGCUGUCGAUGGUGAUGUAUUCAGAGAAGUCAAAAGUUAUGAGAAACAUUUGCGUAAGGUAAUGGACUAUUUUGUGUGUCCCAAAAUCUCCUAUGAGUUUGUAUGCGUUGAUGGCAACACUGCAUGUGGUCCAGCGUUACUCGGUGAUUAUGGUAAAUGGAAGGCAACCAUAAGAUAAACUGAACUAUGAUGAAUGAUGAUAUCUUCACUGCAUUACACCAAGUUCAUCAAUAAAAUACAGAAAAUCGUUGAUUAUUUUUAAAAUAAAUUGUGGAAAUAUAUUAUUCACCUCAUUUGAUUUUAAGUAUUUCCGUAAUAUUGUUCUAUUGUUGUAAAAUCACAGUUUCUAAUAAGAAAAGAGCGGCCGUAGAAAAUGCCAUGUCAAAAAUAUUUGAAGAAUGCAUAAAUGUAAUAAAUUUGC